UAAAAUAAAAAGGAGUGAAGCGGAACAGAGGCACUGGCAAUGGAGAAGCUAGCUUCUUCAACUGCAACUGUUCCCACACGACAAUUCCUCUUUCAACUUCAACACUCUCUCUUUCCCGUUCCCACCUUCACAACCCCAAAACCCUUCCACCGAAACCGAACGGAAUUGCUGUCACAGCUUUGUUUCAGUAGCAGGCACCGUCGCUUUCAAGCAUUCGCCAACAAACAGGACCAACUAUGGCUGUGCGAAGAACCACAAGAAUUAGAAGAAGAAGAAGAAGAAGAAGAAGAAGAUUCAUAUCUGGACGAUGACGAUGACGCGUCUUUCUUGUCCCUCAGCGACAAGCCCGACAGGAACAUUGCCUUGCUCGACGAUUACGAGACCGAGGAGCUCGACCUUGAUUGUGGCCCCGACCACCGAAGUGGAUAUGUGGCAUUACUUGGGAAGCCAAACGUUGGGAAGAGUACACUGGCUAACCAAAUGAUUGGCCAAAAGUUGUCAAUAGUUACAGAUAAACCUCAAACUACGAGGCAUCGAAUUCUAUGUAUAUGUUCUGGCUCCGAUUAUCAGAUGAUACUUUAUGACACACCUGGCGUUCUACAGAAGGAAAUGCACAAGUUAGACUCAAUGAUGAUGAAAAAUGUUCGCAGUGCUGCAGUGAAUGCUGACUGUGUUUUGGUCCUUGUUGACGCACGUAAAGCACCUGAAAAAAUUGAUGAGGUGUUGGAAGAAGGCAUAGGAGACCUCAAAGAUAAACCUCCCACUCUAUUGAUUCUGAACAAGAAGGACCUUGUUAAACCUGGUGAAGUUGCAAAGAAACUUGAGUGGUAUGAGAAAUUUACUGAUGUUGACGAGGUUAUACCAGUUAGUGCCAAAUAUGGUCAUGGGGUUGAAGAUGUCAAGGACUGGAUAAUGUCAAAGCUUCCCUAUGGACCAGCUUAUUAUCCGAAGGAUAUUGUCAGUGAGCAUCCAGAAAGGUUUUUUGUGUCAGAAAUUGUUAGAGAAAAGAUUUUUAUGCAGUAUCGAAAUGAAAUUCCAUAUGCAUGUCAGGUAAAUGUGGUAAACUAUAAAGCUCGGCUGAAUGCAAAAGAUUACAUACAAGUAGAGAUUUUGGUUGAGAAAAACUCUCAGAAGAUUAUCCUCAUUGGAAGAGAAGGAAAGGCUUUGAAACUGCUUGCAACAGCUGCUCGCCUUGAUGUUGAAGAUUUUUUACAGAAGAAAGUUUAUCUCGAGAUUGAAGUGAAGGUUAAAGAAAAUUGGAGACAAGACGAAGGGCUUCUUAAGCACUAUGGUUAUGGGGGUCAGAUACGUGUUCUAUAAUGUGAAGAUGGA